AUGUCUUUACCUGUAUUUAAAAACCGGCAGGUGCUUAUUACUGCCGGCCCCACUAAAGAGGCCAUAGAUCCUGUGCGGUUUAUCAGUAAUCAUUCAUCCGGGAAAAUGGGUUAUGCAAUCGCUGCCGCCUGUUUGGCCCAGGGGGCUUUUGUUACACUUGUAACCGGUCCGGUUGGCCUGGAGCUGGAGCACCCCCAUCUUAUUAAAAUUAAGGUGGAGUCUGCUACCGACAUGUGGAUUGCCUGUCAGCAGUAUUUUGCUUUAACGGAUAUUGCCAUUUUUGCUGCAGCGGUGGCCGACUAUCGCCCGGAGAUGGUGGCAAUACAAAAAAUAAAAAAGCAGGAAGAUAGUUUCACCAUUAAAAUGGUGAAAAACGUUGACAUAGCCUAUGAGUUUGGAAAAGUGAAAAAAGCAUCACAAGUGGCUGUGGGUUUUGCAUUGGAAACAGAAAAUGAACUGGUACACGCCACUGUUAAAUUAAAGAAAAAGAAUUUUGAUAUGGUGGUACUGAAUGCUGUAAACGAUGCCAAUGCAGGUUUUGGAUUUGAUACCAAUAAAAUUACCAUUGUUAAAAACGAUGGAAGCAUUAUCCCCUAUGCAUUGAAAAAUAAAACCGAGGUAGCCGCCGACAUAAUAGAGCAGGCCGGCAUUUGCUUUGCACUUAAAACUGAGGAGGUAAUGAAUGAAAAUGUGUCGGCGUAUGAAAUGAUGUACCGGUAA